AGAGAGUAGAAGCACGUCAAUAAUCGGGUGGAAGAGGGUCACAAUCGGUGUUGAUCAAUGAAGCCAUCAGCGUCUUCUUCCAACAGUUGCUCCGCUCCCACAUUUAUCAUCUUAACCCCAAAAGCUCACUCACUCACUGCAGCUGUACUGCCACACCCCCACCUCACUGCGGACUAGCAGCAGCAGCAAGAGAGAGAGAGAGAGUGGGAGAGUGGGGAGAAGCUAAGAAGAAAUCAAGAAUUUCAAUCUUUGCCGACACCACACUGGAUUUCCUUCCUCAAGCAACCAUGGCAGCAGCAGCAGCAGCAUCAGCAUCCAUCGAGAGCAUAUAUUAGCUAUCCGUGGUGAUCAUGUGAUGCCAAGAUUGCUACUAUAAGCAAGGAGAUAGCGAGGGAGAUAUUCUUCUCUUUCUUUUUCAGGUGGGGGAGAAGGUGAAGGUAGGAAGGAGGGAGAGAGGCCAAGAAUGGCGGCCGCCGCUUUGGCCGGCGUUCUCCUCCUCGCCCUCGCGGCGGUGGCGGGAGCCGACACCGACGGCGGCGACGCCGCGGCGCUGGGGAAUCUGUACUCCUCCUGGAAUAGCCCGGCUCAGCUCACCGGCUGGUCGGCCGGCGGCGGCGACCCUUGCGGUGCCGCGUGGAUGGGCGUCUCCUGCGUUGGCUCCGCCGUCACCUCGAUCAAGCUUUCUGGUAUGGGGCUGAAUGGCACUCUUGGCUACCAACUAUCCAAUCUGCUAGCAUUGAAGACAAUGGACUUGAGUAGCAACAACUUGCAUGAUUCAAUUCCUUAUCAGCUGCCACCAAAUCUCGCCUAUCUGAAUUUGGCAGGAAAUAACUUUUCCGGUAACCUUCCAUACUCGAUAUCCAACAUGGUUUCACUCAACUAUCUCAAUCUCAGCCACAACUUACUAUUUCAGGAAAUUGGUGAAAUGUUUGGAAACCUCACUGCACUUUCUGAACUAGAUGUAUCUUUCAAUAACCUGAAUGGCAACUUGCCUAUUUCUUUACGCUCUCUGUCAAAUAUUUCUGGCAUUUAUCUGCAAAAUAACCAACUAUCGGGCACAGUCAAUGUACUCAGCAACCUAAGCCUUACUACACUAAACAUAGCAAAUAACAAUUUCAGCGGUUCAAUACCACAAGAAUUCAGUUCAAUUUCACAUUUGAUACUUGGAGGAAACUCAUUUCUCAAUGUACCUUCAUCUCCGCCAUCUACUAUCACUUCACCACCUCAGGGUCAACCAGACUUUCCUCAAGGACCAACAACUGCUCCAAAUAUCCCUGAGAUUCCUAUUGAUCAAGGUAGUGACAAGAAGCAACGUCUGCGAACUGGUCUGGUUAUAGGGAUAGUUAUUGGCUCAAUGGCUGCUGCUUGUGGUGUACUUUUCGCGUUGGUACUGUGCCUUCACAAUGUCCGGAAAAGUAAAGAUGGUGGGAUCAGUGAAUCAAAAGAUGUCGCAAGCACUUUUGCAGUAAACAUAGAUAGAGCUUCUAACAGGGAAAUAUGGGAUCACACCCAGCAAGACGCACCUGUUUCAAGUUCCGUGCUCCCGCCUAUGGGAAAAAUGACUCCUGAAAGGGUAUAUAGUACAAACAGCUCUAUGUCAAAGAAGAUGAAGGUCUCUGUCACAGCGAAUCCAUAUACAGUUGCUUCUCUCCAAGUUGCUACAAACAGCUUCUGCCAAGAUUCGCUCCUAGGUGAGGGUUCACUUGGUCGUGUUUACAAGGCCGACUUCCCCAAUGGAAAGGUACUUGCAGUGAAGAAGAUAGACAGUGCGUCACUUUCCUUGUAUGAAGAAGAUAACUUUCUUGAGGUUGUGUCGAGCAUUUCACGACUUAGGCACCCAAACAUUGUGCCGCUUGCAGGCUAUUGUGUUGAACAUGGACAAAGGCUUCUUGUGUAUGAGCACAUUGGAAAUGGGACACUGCAUGAUAUAUUGCAUUUUUUCGAUGAUACAAGCAAGAUCCUUACAUGGAACCACCGCAUGAGGAUAGCACUAGGCACCGCGCGAGCUUUAGAAUACCUGCAUGAGGUGUGCUUGCCCCCUGUUGUACAUAGAAACUUAAAGUCAGCGAAUAUCCUGCUUGAUAAAGAAUACAGUCCCCAUCUGUCUGACUGUGGGCUUGCUGCCCUGACACCAAAUCCUGAGAGAGAGGUUUCAACUGAAGUGUUUGGAUCUUUUGGAUAUAGCGCCCCAGAGUUUGCCAUGUCAGGAAUAUAUACUGUAAAAAGUGACGUGUACAGUUUUGGAGUAGUGAUGUUAGAACUAUUGACAGCACGUAAACCGUUAGACAGCUCUAGAGAGAGGUCCGAACAGUCUCUUGUCACAUGGGCUACUCCACAGCUUCAUGACAUCGAUGCGCUUGCCAAGAUGGUUGAUCCAGCAAUGGAUGGGAUGUACCCUGCAAAAUCACUCUCCCGUUUCGCUGACAUAAUUGCAUUGUGUGUCCAGCCCGAACCGGAGUUCCGUCCACCGAUGUCCGAGGUUGUCCAGCAACUGGUGCGCCUGGUGCAGAGGGCAAGCAUGGUGAGGCGUCAAUCAGGAGAGGAUGUGGGGCUUUCAUACAGGGGCCCUGACCGCGAGGGAGGCACAGCCGACGCCAUCUGAGACCAAAAUCUUCUCAGUCUCUCAGCUAUGCAGGGUUACAAAAGUUUCAGAGAAAGCAAGCUGGGACUGUGGCAACAUCCCAGUAUCUCCAAAGCUAUGGAUCAGAUCACUUGUUCCUGCACAAAAUGAAAAGAGAAGAGAAGAAAAGAAAGAAUGAUCUGAUCACCUGUUGAGUUUGGCAUGAGCUGUUCAGUGUUCAGUUUUUUCACUCUGUUCUCUCUGUGGUAUCUGUCCAGAUUGUAUACUACAGUAUGUGGAUUUUGGGCCGCUACUGGGACUUUGUGAAUGGCAUGUAUAGUGUUCAGGUGGCUGGUAUUUUGGUAGUUGUUAAUUAAUUUAUAGUAGAUAAGAAAAGAAGGUAGAUAAAUGUACAUUUAUGGACUUGUGCACUGCUACUGUCAACAGCUGAACAUUCCACCUUCUACGGCGAGCUGUACACUACAUGCUUAUAGUUUUAAGAGAUCUCUAGUUUUAACGGUAUUUA